GCCGCGCCACUGGAAGUAAAGUUGCUCUUCCUCUCUCACCAAUUCGUUUUAUCACGGCUCUGACGUCACUAACCUGCAAUUGUACGAAUGAACUAACGAACAACCGACCGAGCCCCUGCUGGAGUAACCGGGAGGCAGUUAGUGUUGCAGAGAGUCCCCGCCGCCCGCCCCGGAGGAGCCGAACGGAGGAACGCCGAGCAAAGGAGCGCUGCUCACCUCCGCCCAGUAACACUUCCUAUCGACUACUGGAAAGACCCGUUACCGUGAUUUACAGGCAGGACAAAAAACAAGGAGAGAUAGUGGAGGACUGACGGCCAGCCGGACGGACAGACCAUUGAUACAUCGUGUUGUUUCUACCCCUGUGGAUCAAACCGAGUGGAUCCUUACAUUUAAAUGCUGUAACGGUACCGAGUCCCCGGCUUGAGAGCGAGAGAGAGGGAGCAGCCCAGAGAGCGACAAGACAAGAGGGAUACCACAGAGGGAUCGAAAGCAAAGCACAGGGGGGAAAAAAGAGGAGGAAAUCGACCAAGAAAGAAAAAGAAGAGGAUUUGCAAGCAUCUUUGUUUGCAAAGCACACGAUUCUUUGAAAAUCAGCGUCUAUUGCCUUUUCUGCCGUGGAUCCCCGUCUCGGUAACGCUAUCAAGCUGUGCUCUCUAACCAUGGGAUGUACUCUGAGUGCAGAAGAGAGGGCGGCUCUGGACCGGAGCAAAGCCAUCGAGAAGAACCUCAAGGAGGACGGUCUCACUGCGGCCAAAGAUGUGAAGCUGCUGCUGCUCGGGGCUGGAGAGUCAGGGAAAAGCACCAUCGUCAAACAGAUGAAGAUCAUCCAUGAGGACGGCUUCUCUGGCGACGACGUAAAGCAGUACAAGCCUGUGGUUUACAGCAACACCAUCCAGUCUCUGGCUGCCAUCGUGCGCGCCAUGGACACACUCGGCCUGGAGUACGGAGACAAAGAACGGAAGGCGGAUGCUAAGAUGGUGUGUGAUGUGGUCAGUCGUAUGGAGGACACAGAGCCUUACUCCGCCGAGCUGCUCUCCGCCAUGAUACGCCUGUGGUCCGACUCAGGCAUCCAGGAGUGUUUCAGCCGCGCCCGCGAGUACCAGCUCAACGACUCAGCGCAGUACUACCUAGACAGCCUAGAUCGGAUUGGUGCGGCAGACUACCAGCCCACAGAGCAGGACAUCCUGAGGACCCGAGUGAAGACCACAGGCAUCGUCGAGACACACUUCACCUUCAAAAACCUCCACUUCAGGCUGUUUGAUGUGGGAGGUCAGCGGUCGGAGAGGAAGAAGUGGAUCCACUGUUUCGAGGAUGUCACAGCCAUCAUUUUCUGCGUGGCGCUCAGUGGAUACGACCAGGUGCUGCACGAGGACGAGACCACGAAUCGCAUGCACGAGUCCCUGAUGCUCUUCGACUCCAUCUGCAACAACAAGUUCUUCAUCGACACCUCCAUCAUCCUCUUCCUCAACAAAAAGGAUCUGUUUGCCGAGAAGAUCAAGAAGUCUGCACUGAGCAUCUGCUUCCCUGAAUACACAGGACCCAACACCUACGAGGACGCCGCAUCCUACAUCCAAGCACAGUUUGAGAGCAAGAACCGCUCUCCAAACAAGGAAAUCUACUGUCACUUGACAUGCGCCACAGAUACAGGAAACAUCCAGGUGGUGUUCGACGCCGUGACCGACAUCAUCAUCGCCAACAACCUCCGAGGGUGUGGCUUGUACUGAGCACGCCCACACACACCCUGUAAUGUCCUCCCCCCCUCCUUUGUCCCCCUCCUCUCUCUGUCUCUCUCUGUCUCUCUCUCUCUCUCUCUCUCUCUCUCUCUCUCUCUCUCUCUCUCUAUCUAUCCCUUCCUGCUCUCCCCUCCUCCUCCUCCUCCCCCUCGCCCCUGUUCCUUUGACACUGCUGUGGAAAUGAUGAUGGUGAUGAUGACGAUGAUGAUUCUGCUGAUUAUUUAAAGAAAAAAAGAAAGAAAAAUGCAACUAGGUACAUAUUAAUAAUGAGGAUAAUUUAAAAAAAAAUAGGCAUACGUAUAUAUAAAUAUAUAUAUAUAAUGUUUUUAGUUCUUGUCUCUUCUUCUCUCGCUCCAACUUCUCCUCCUGAUGUUCUUUGGCGCUGCCGAUCAAACAGAUCUGUUUGAGUAGAAAACAUGAAACCCUGCAGCCUAUGGAAACUUCUUGAACAAAGAAAGCCUCUAGUUCUCCUCUCUUUUGCUUUCUCAGCCGUGUCUUUUUGUUGUUAACAAAAACAAAAACCUGUACCUUUUUCUUUUUUGCUGAUUUUUUUUUAUUAUUAUAUCUAUGAAUAUGACUUCUGUUUUAUUUUUGUUGAUCGUGUGUAUAUUUAUUACAUGAGUAUCAGUCUGUACACUGAUUUUUAUUCACAUUUUGCCUCACCUUGACACCUUUUUUUUGUGUAUUAUGUUGUUUGUUAUUUUUUUGCUAAAGUAGUGAUUAUGUAUUAAUUUUGGCAGAAAUGUUAAAAUGUCGAUAGCACUAAAAAAAAACUAAAAAAAACAAGACAGGUCAGUGAAAACCUUUAAAAAAAAACAACCUUUUGAGACCUGCUGAAACUGACACCAGUGAUUUUAACAUGACUCUUUUGUUUACAUUAGUGGAGACAUUCAAAAUGUUUGUAGUCAAUUUUAUAAGUCUCUUGUUUGUUUUUUAAUCCCAACUUUAAAUUUUUCACGGACAGAAAGACAGACUUCCUGUUCCCCCAGCCUGGCCUUAGCUGUUAGCCAAUCGCUAAUCAUGGUGGAACCUGAGAGCCAAUAGGAAAUGUGCUAAAUGUCUUAUCAGUGCCAUGUAACAGAGGUACUGUACUGUAGAUAGCUCCGCUUUUAGAAGCAACUUCACCACGUUAUAACUCUACCUUCCUCACUGUUAUAACCUGUAGACCUACUAACAUUCUCCAUGUCAGGAAACUCACUCCUGCUCUGAUAAUGGUUGAUUCAUUUAUUCAUUUAUUUAUUGACUGAUCGCCUGUCCUUCACACACCCCUUUCUCUCUCUCUCUCUCUCUCUCUCUCUCUCUCUCUCUCUCAUUUACACACCACCACCAUACCUUUUCUUCUCUUACCCACAUCUGUCUCUCUCUAUUUUUCUCCUUCUUUUUGCAUGGUGCCCUGGCAUCCUUCUCUCACGGUUAAAGGUCCUCUCCCUUUUCUUCAAACCAUCCCCUCCCCUCCUCCUCCUCCUCCUCCUCUUCCUCCCAAAGCCUUGACACAGUUAGCAUGAGAUACUCAAGCCUUUGUAUAAAGAGAGCAGUUAACUCAUAAAACUUAAAAAAAAAAAAAAAAAAGAAGCUUCACACUGAUGCUGUUGGGAUAAUAACUUCUUAAAAAUCCUUGUUAUAAAAAUUGCAAAAGGUGAAUAAAAAAAAAGGAGGAAUUAAAAAAAAAAAAAAAGAGCUGCAAGGACAGAUAGCAGUAACAGAAGGAGAGUGGUGAUUAGUUCCUGAAUGGGCGGAGUGGGGUCACAUAAAAGAAGAAAGUCCACGUUUUGAAGGGUUGGCAGAUCAUGUGGGAGGCUUGGAAGAAGAAGUUUAGACGUUGGGAUUCUUACACUGAUGCAGAAUUUGAAUUUUAAAAAUAAUCUACUACUCCUCCUGCGAUGGUUGAUAAAACCAGUUAAAGUGGGUAUUACGACCACAUCAACAACAAUAACGAUCCUGUAAUAUUCUCAAACAAAAAAAAAACUUUCUUGUGCUUUGUAGCUACAAAACAUUUUCUUCUCUAUAACUCCAUUUUUUUAAAUAUAGAGAUGUUUUGCAAAGGGGUUUCCUGCUCGACAAGCGAUCUCAGACUGACCCCAUGUUGUUGUGAUGCUCUGAACUGUUCCCCCGUCCCCCCAUCUCCUUUUACCGUUUUGCCUGUUUCCCUGCAUUAGAACCGUGUCCUCACUCUAGCCUGACUCAGAACGAUUAAAUAUAAUAUUAUAACGAUAUCUAUUUUUUAUUAUUUCAGAGAGAAAAAAACACUUUUUUUGGGGAGAGCACGUUUCUCGCUGCGUCCGCUAGUUAGGGACGCCGCAUGUUCACACAUCAACGCUGUAUAAAGUCAUGCUCCUUUCUUCUUCUUCUUCUUCUCUGUCUCUUUUCAGUUUGGCACACAUCUUCCAAGUCUACAAUGAAAAGCACAGUUCUCAUGUCUCACAAACACACACACACACACACACACACACACACACACACACACACACACACAAUAAGUAGAUUUGGAAACUCGUUCUCUCUUCAUACCUAAUCUAUGUUACCUCUAUCUAUAUAGACCUCUCUUUCUUGACAUUUUGAUUUCUACUUUUUAAAAGAGAAAACAGCUGUGUAUAAUGACAUGAUAUACCUGUUCCUUUGGCAUUCUGUUCCUGUUAUCUUCAUUAUUUCUUUGAUUUUUCUUUUUACCUUCUCUGUUCUUUAUCCAGUGAAUGCUUUUUUUCUGUGCAGCUUUUCUCUCUCUCUCUCUCUCUCUCUCUCGCUCUCUCUCCUUUUCUCUCCUCCUCUACUCCUCUUUAGUGAAUGGUUGUUAUUUCAUGUGGGAUGUCCGUGCUGGAAAAACCAAUCGAAUGUAGUGUUUACAUUAAAAAGCCACUGUUUUCAUGACUACAA